UCAAUUUUUUUGUUGCUUUUGAAUUGGGCGGUUGGCUCGCGCGUCGAUCGCAGUUUCAAAAUCGGUUUGCUCUCGCAGCUUCGCACUUACUCGCGAACAAAACGAUCACAGUGAACAAACUUCUGUUUUGCGAUCUAAUUGAAGAAUUUAAUUCGCCAAAGUGUACAAAUCGUAACGAAAUUUCUGCGAAAAGUGCCUUUUUUAACCAAGAGUUGGUAACACACAUACCAACGCAGGGACCGAGGCACACACAAAUGCGCGCGCUAGUGGUGUGCGUGUAACCACUUUUUUACCUGGUCUUACCUGUUUGCGAAGCGAAAGAGAGAGGGCGAGGGAGAGAGAGAGUGCCAAAGCGGACGAGUGAAAGAUAAAAGUGAACGAAAUAACUGGAUGAGCAGCUGCAUCGAAAUCGGAAUAAGUCGGUUUACAAUCACAGGGCGCACUGUACGAGUUCGAUUUCGAUUGAAUAGAUAAUUGAGCGGUUGCCAUGAAAAUGCAGUCCAAACAAACGGCACACUGAGAAAAACGAGAAACGAGAAAAGUGCAAAUAGAAAUAGAAGUGGCAAUACAAACAGAGCACGUAAAAGUAAAGGUGUGCCGAAGUGUGAGUGAGUGGACAAAAUAAUACUGGGUGAUUCACAAAUAAGUGCUCAAAAGUAGUGGUCCGGCUGACAAAGAGUGUUAGAGAUGGCGGAUCGCCGCUAAGGAGCAUGUCCACCAGUGUCCAGCGAUUGUCCAGAAGCCACUGCAUCAUCAUGUCGGUGUCCCAACAGGCCGGCGACCUCAAUCCCGCUCAGCAACAGACACACCAGCAGCACAAGCGAAAAUGCCGCGACUUAGGCCGACGACUAAUCCCCGCGAGACCACUUGUGGCCGUCCUCGUGGCGCUCAGUAUCCUGUCACCCGCCCUCGCAAUCCUAUCGCCGCCAGGCCAGAACUUCACCGACAAUCGAAAGCCCGCCUUCAAGAACUGCGCCGGAUACGCUCCCAAGGUCAAGGAGGAGCAGCCGGAAAACACCUACGUGCUCACCGUGGAGGCAGUAGACCCCGAUCCCGAACAGGUCAUCCGCUACAGCCUCGUCCAGUCGCCGUUCGAGCGACCUAAGUUCUUUAUCAACCCCAGCUCGGGCGUGAUCUCCACCACCCACACCUUCGACCGCGACGAGCCGAUCCACGAAAAGUUCGUCUUCGUCACUGUCCAGGCCACGGAUAAUGGCCUGCCCCCGUUGGACGACGUCUGCACCUUCAACGUGACCAUUGAGGAUAUCAACGACAAUGCUCCGGCCUUCAACAAGGCGCGCUACGACGAGUCCAUGUCGGAAAAUGCCCAGCCCGACGCGGUGGUGAUGUCUAUCAGCGCCAGUGAUUUCGACGAUGGAAACAAUAGUUUAGUCGAGUACGAGAUUCUGCGGGAGCGCGACUUCCAGUAUUUUAAGAUCGACAAGGAGUCGGGUAUUAUCUACCUGAAGCGAUCGAUUGACAAGCGACCCGGACAGUCCUACGCGAUAAUCGUGCGUGCUUACAACGUUGUUCCUGAUCCGCCCCAGGAUGCGCAGAUCGAAGUGCGCAUCCGGGUGGUGGAGUCUUCAAUCAAGCCGCCGUCCUUUGUGAAUCCCAUCGACACGCCCAUCUACCUGAAAGAGAAUAUCAAGAACUUCACACAUCCAAUCGCCACAUUGCAGGCAGUAUCCAAUAUGCCGGACAAGCCGGAGGUGAUUUUCGAGCUAAAUACCGGCCGUACAGAGCAGACGAACAGUAAAAACACGUUCGUGUUCAAUCAGAUCGGCAACGAGGUGACCAUUAGCCUGGGCAAGACACUGGACUACGAGGCCAUCACGGACUACACGCUGACCAUGAUUGUGCGCAACACCCACGAACUGGGAACAGAGCAUCAGAUCAAAAUCCAGGUGGAAGACGUUAACGAUAAUAUCCCGUAUUACACGGAGGUGAAAUCGGGCACCAUUCUGGAGAACGAACCGCCCGGCACGCCCGUGAUGCAGGUGCGCGCCUUCGACAUGGACGGCACUUCAGCCAACAAUAUUGUUUCCUUCGAGCUGGCCGACAACCGGGAGUAUUUCACUAUCGAUCCCAAUACGGGUAACAUCACUGCUUUGACAACUUUCGAUCGCGAAGAACGUGAUUUCUACAACGUUAAGGUGAUUGCCAGCGACAAUUCACCGUCGAGUUUGUUUGAUAAUGGCGAGCCAAACCGUGGCCACCAGGUGUUCCGCAUCUCCAUUGGCGACAAGAACGACCACAAGCCGCACUUUCAGCAGUUAAAAUAUCUGGCGGAGAGGCUGCUUGAGGACGCCAACACCAAUACCGAGGUGAUUGAGGUGAAAGCCGAGGACGAGGACAACGCGUCACAGAUCCUCUACAGCAUCGAGAGCGGCAACGUGGGAGACGCCUUUAAGAUUGGCCUUAAGACUGGCAAGAUCACGGUCAACCAGCGGUUGGACUAUGAAACGAUAACCGAGUACGAGCUGAAGGUGCGGGCCUUUGACGGAAUUUACGACGACUACACCACGGUGGUGAUUAAAGUCGAGGACGUAAACGACAACCGGCCGGUUUUCAAGCAGGACUACAGCGUCACAAUCCUGGAGGAGACCACCUACGACGACUGCAUCCUCACUGUGGAGGCCUACGAUCCGGACAUCAAGGAUCGCAACGCCGAUCAGCAUAUUGUUUAUUCGAUUUACCAGAAUGACGGCAAUCGCUGGACGAUAGACAACAGUGGCUGCCUGCGGUUGCUCAAGACGUUGGACCGCGACCCACCCUACGGCCACAAGAACUGGCAGGUGCUGGUCCAGGCUAGCGACGAGGAUGGCGUGGGCACCACGGCCAGCACAGUGAAGGAAGUCACGGUCACUUUGAAAGAUAUUAACGACAACGCCCCGUUUCUGAUCAAUGAAAUGCCCGUUUACUGGCAGGAGAACCGCAACCCCGGGCAUGUGGUGAAGCUACUGGCCAAUGACUACGAUGACACUCCGGGAGCGGGCAACUUCACCUUCGGCAUCGACAGCGAGGCCUCGACGGACAUCAAGACAAAGUUCAGCAUGGAUGGGGACAUUUUGCACGCUAACGUGCAGUUUGAUCGGGAGGCCCAGAAGGAGUACUUCAUCCCCAUUCGCAUCAGUGAUUCUGGGGUCCCGCGGCAGAGUGCGGUGAGCAUCCUGCACCUGGUUAUUGGCGAUGUCAACGACAAUGCCAUGUCUGAGGGCUCGUCGCGCAUCUUUAUCUAUAAUUACAAGGGAGAGGCGCCGGAAACCGACAUUGGUCGCGUGUUCGUCGACGAUCCGGAUGACUGGGAUCUGGAGGAUAAGUACUUCGAGUGGAAGGACCUUCCGCACGACCAGUUCCGGCUGAAUCCCAGCACGGGAAUGAUCACCAUGCUGGUUCACACCGCCGAGGGAGAGUACGAUCUCCAGUUCGUUGUGACCGAGGAGUCAAUGUAUGUGCCUCGUCACUCUGUGGAUGCUGAUGUCACAGUGGUGGUCCGGGAGCUGCCCGAGGAAGCUGUGGACAAAAGCGGAAGCAUUCGAUUCAUAAACGUAACCAAGGAGGAGUUUAUUAGCGUGCCGCGUGACAAUCCGGAAUCCCUGUCUCUUAAGGAUCGCCUGCAGCACUCCCUGUCCACGCUGUUCAACACCUCGGUGAUCAACGUGGAUGUGUUCACGGUGCUCCAAAACGAGAACCAUACGCUGGAUGUGCGCUACUCCGCCCACGGGUCGCCCUACUAUGCCCCAGAGAAGCUCAACGGGAUAGUGGCCCAGAACCAGCAGCGUUUGGAGAACGAACUCGACCUGCAGAUGCUGAUGGUGAAUAUCGACGAGUGUCUUAUCGAGCGGUUGAAGUGCGAGGAAUCGUGCACCAAUGAGCUGCACAAGAGCUCGGUUCCAUAUAUGAUAUACUCAAACACCACCUCGUUUGUGGGCGUGAAUGCCUUUGUCCAGGCGCAGUGCGUGUGCGAAGCUCCUUUGAUGAGACGCUGCCUUAACGGAGGAUCUCCGAGGAGCGGCGAGAACGAUGUGUGCAACUGCAUAGACGGAUUCACCGGACCCCAUUGCGAACUCGUCUCCGUGGCCUUCUACGGCAGCGGCUAUGCCUUCUACGAGCCCGUCGCCGCCUGCAACAAUACUAAGAUUAGCUUGGAGGUCACGCCCCAGAUUGACAAGGGUCUGAUCAUGUACCUGGGACCACUGAACUUCAAUCCUCUGCUGGCAAUCUCUGAUUUCCUAGCUCUGGAGCUGGAUAACGGCUAUCCGCUGCUGACUGUGGACUACGGAUCGGGCGCUAUACAGAUCCGGUACCAGCACACUAAGAUGGUGCCUGACCGCACCUAUCAACUUGAUAUUAUCCUACAGCGCGGAAAUGUCGAGAUGGUGGUGGACAACUGCCGGUUGUCAACGUGUCAGACUCUGGGCGCCCCAAUCCUGCCCAAUGAGUUCCUAAACGUAAAUGCCCCGCUGCAGCUGGGCGGCACUCCGGUGGAUCUGGAACAGCUGGGAAAGCAGCUAAACUGGACGUACGUGCCCACCCAGAAAGGAUUCUUCGGGUGCAUUCGCAACCUGACUAUCAACGAGCAGACCUACAAUCUGGGAAUGCCCUCCCUGUUCCGGAACAUCGACAGCGGUUGCCAGCAGUCCGUGGCCGUGGCAUUCAGCUUCGGGAUAGAUCGCAACUUCAUCAUCGCUAUCAUCGUCUGUCUAACGCUGCUGCUGAUCAUCCUGCUGGCCGUCGUGGUGCAGAAGAAGCAGAAGAACGGCUGGCACGAGAAGGACAUCGAUGACAUCCGCGAGACGAUCAUCAACUACGAGGACGAGGGUGGCGGUGAGAGGGAUACGGAAUACGACCUGAACGUCCUGCGCAGCCAGCCCUUCUACGAGGAGAAGCUCUACAAGGAUCCGCAUGCGCUCCAGGGGAGCAUGCGCGACCCCAACGACAUACCGGACAUCGCCGACUUCCUCGGCGACAAGAAGGAGAACUGCGACCGGGACGUGGGCGCCACCACCGUGGACGAUGUGCGGCACUAUGCGUACGAGGGUGACGGCAACUCCGACGGCAGCCUGUCCAGCCUGGCGUCCUGCACCGACGACGGCGAUCUCAACUUCGACUACCUGUCCAACUUUGGACCGCGCUUCCGCAAACUGGCCGAUAUGUACGGCGAGGAGCCAUCGGACACCGACUCCAAUGUGGACGACGACCAGGGCUGGCGCAUCUAGAAAUCUUUGCCAGCCACGGGUUGAGGAUGACGUAGAAAUGAAAAGACUUUUUAUAUACUAAGAGUUGUACGAAUGUUGAAAGUGUCGGGACAAGGUGCCGGCCUAGCCGGCUCCAAAGUCUAUUCAAGAGAUAUAUAUAGGUAAACUAUAUAUUAUAUAUAUAUAUAUAAAUAUAUUUUUAUGGAGGAGUAUUGCAAGGGCCCAGGGGAACACGUUUUUGUUUUUUGUUUUGUAAAUGCAAAAAGUGAUCUUGAUCUUACGUAAACGAACUAUAAUAACUAAAACUAACACUAAUGUAGCCAAGCAACUGCGAACAAACCACAAUUUUCUGCAGAACUGUUAUUGCUUCGAUUCCACAUACUAGGGAAAACAUAUUAUCAAUUAUCGAAACUAAAUAGAAAUGCAAAUGUCCAGCGACCGAAAUAUUCCUAUGAAGCGAAUUCGAAAUCAGUAUGCAUUUUUAAUUGCAUAAAUAUAUAUUAUCCCAACACUAGUUAGUAGGUUAUUUUAGAAUUUAUGUUAGCUGAAAAUGCAUUACACAACGUAAUAUGAAGAAUUAUAUCGCGGUAGGGCCUAGACAAGACAGAUCUUCAAUUAGAAUUCGUUAAAACUUCCGAACUAAAAGAAAUUCACACAAAAUCAAAGGGGAAACUCUAUUUGAUAAGACAAGUCGGUAUACCUAAGUUAUCACUUUAAUCUUAAUUUAUCUAGAACUGUAAAUCCAAUCAAUAACACCAUAAGUUCUUAGGGUUGUCUUCUAGUACAUGUAUAAAUCAGUUUAACCUAGUUUAAACUUAUCGAAUCGAGGGAGACCUAAACUCUUCCUGUAAUUAUGAACGUAACAUGUGUGCAGAUAUAUCCAUGUUAUAUUAAAAGGGAUAUAUAAUAUAUAUAUAAAUAUAGAGACAUAUAUGUAAGUAAAAAUGUUCAAUAAAUCAAUGCGAUAUGUAUUUUUGUAAGUCUUUUUCCGUAUUUACUAAGACUCAAGUAAGCCGUGAGGGGGCAUUUUUUACAUGCCAAGGCGAUCCAACAUAACAGUGAAAAGCUGAAAUACUUUAUUUAUAUAUAGUACAUAUUAAUUAAUUGUAUAAUUUACAACAAUCGUAAGAGCCACACAAAGACACAGUAAUUGUGUUAAAAUAAAAAACAUAAUAAAACCGAA